AUGGGGAGCGAGAACACGCCUAAACCACACACGGUCCAGGACGAAAUGUUUGGAGGUCUUAGAUCAAGAAAAUCGGUUGCUUUCCCGAUAAAUGAGAACAUUAGAGAGAUGAUCAUGGAUAAGUGGGUAGACCCAGAGAAGAGGCUGGGUGUCUCUAAAGAAUUUAGAAACGGGCUUUGUUUCGACCAGUCUGAGUGCACACUCAAGAAUAACUCAAAGUUGGAUCCUGAAAGAAUGGAAGAUGAGCCAGAUGGAUUUGGACAGAAAAAUCCAGAUACCUCAGCGGGUGAAGUCCGAUCUCGAUUGGUGGAAACUCAGAAGGAACCUUCUCCAGGGAGUUUUGAGACAAAAGAUGACAUCUACUGCUACUCACUGGCGAAGGCUUUGUAUUACGUUAGAUCUCCCGUGACAGUCGGGUUCUAUGCAUCAUGGGGAAGACGCAAAGAUUUCCUUCUUAACAAGAUUGAAUCGUACCUUUGUCUUGAAGGAUGGAAGAAGGAUCAAGAAGAAGUAGCGAGGACUGGACUGAGGACAAGAAAAACCACAGGAAAAGACCUAAUCAAACUCAUCUUUCUUAUGAUAUUUCACCAUCCAGUAAUCACAGAAACACACAAGCAGCGAACGAAUAUACGUUAUUGCUUCAUCCGCUUUAGUGCAUGGGAAUAUGCUGGCAGUGACCAUCUUUGGGCUGGGCUGGUCACUACGCUUUGUGAUGGUAUUGAAAACUGCUUUGGACUGGCACCUAUUAGCGUCUAUCGAGCAGUAGGCAAAAAAAUUAAAAUAAUAGAUGCUCCACUCAAACAGGAAUGGGUUAAUAAGAAGAUCCUAUGUAUCCCACUUUGGGUUGCCACUUUGAUGGUGAUCUUCAUUGGAAUUGCUGUGGGGGCUUUAAUCCUUAUAUUUGGCUUUCCAUUUGGUGAUCUCUCUGGAGAUUUGUUAGCUGCCGCUGAAGGUGUUGGGGCAACCGUGGUUGGCAUAUCUGCAGCAGGAGUGAUAAGAGUGGGUGUUGUGGUGAUCAGAAAUGCAGUUGUCACUCAGAAGGGUACAGUGCAACAGAAAAUGAAUAGAACAGAUAUGAGCUCCCAGUUGGGUUUCAUGAGUGAUGUGAAGAGAGAGGUUAAAAUCAUCACCCGUUACCUACAACUCAUGGAAGUCUAUCAAAGGCAAAAAAUUAGAGUCGUCCUUGAGAUCACCAACUUAGACAAAUGCAUGCCUGACAAAGUGGUUGGGGUUCUAAAUGCCAUGAAUAUCCUCCUCUCUGAUCCAAACGCCCCAUUUAUUUCCAUUUUGGCCGUGGAUCCGAGUAUUAUUGUAGAAUGUGUUGAAAGCUCUCUAGUCUUGAAAGGUAUGGCCAACAAUGGCUAUCAGUUCUUAAACCGCAUAAUAACAUUACCUUUUUGUAUCCCAAAAAUGGACUGUGACACAAAAUUAUCCUUGCUAAGAAGUAUUAUUGAAGGGAAAAUUGAGCUAAUAAGAGAUACUGAUGAAGACAAUUCCUUGGAUAUCGACAUACCAAAUGAAAAAGACCAACUUUUACGCCAACGAAAUACCUCUAACAUAAACAUUAAUAUCAAUGAUAUACCAAUGGCACUAAGAGGCUCAAAUGAGCUGGAGCUCAACAGCUGCUUUGUAGAUAAAGGACCAAAGACAAAAACUUUAAUAGAUGAAGCCCUCGGGUAUCUUUUUGAUGAGAGUAUGAGUGACUAUAUCACUGACAACUCUGUUCAUAUCAGAAGGAUGGUGAAUACUAUCACCAUAAGCAUUAGACUAAUGAUCCGCGAAGUACCAAAAAGCCAAAUACAACCUCGCAAAGUUACAGAAUGGGUGCUCCUGGCAACCCAAUGGCCAUGUCGGCUCAGCUGGAUAUUGCAGUGCGUUGAGGACGAGCAACAGAAUACUUGCCUCGCAGGAGAUGAAACCAACUCUGCGUACUCCAGAACAUUUCUUUGGGAUGUUUUUGAGAGGUCUUUAGAGGAGCUGGAUGCCAUAAAGACAAGUCUAAAACAACUACUGGAGUUAGAUGGUGAUCCAGAGAUCUUCCACCAUUUGUUAUGUGAAAACUUUACUGUAGAAGAUGCCAACUUCUUUUUGCCAUUUACUGUUAAUUUAGACCCCUCCAUUAAAAGACAAAUGGAACUUCUAAGAGGCAGUAAUAACAUGUGGGAAUCCAAAAAGAGCAACCGACUGACCAUGCUGUCUCUGCUGAACAUGAGUGUGGAUGAGGUGUGCAAAGAAAUGAACAAACUCGGUUUUCGAGAAGAGAACAUCCAAAUGUACAAGCAGAAGAUUAAAGACCACAACUUAAAUGGCAGAGCACUUGUCUACAGUGAUAAUAAUGAUAUAAAAAAUGUGAUGGGAAUGGGUCUCGGAGACUGGACAUUGUUCAGUGUGUACUUCUUGGGGGUUCUUCCCCCACCUCCUACCGCCCCUGCAACUGCCCCAGUUAUUGGCAAGCAAGAGGCACCAAAACUUGGUGCUGGAUCCAAAGAAAAUAUGUUAAAAGAGAGCAGGAUAUCUCUGUAUUUAUCAGAUGAGAACUUUUAA